AUGGCUUGGCUGCCUGUGUGGAUCCAUGGUAGCUUAAUGAAUCACAACUAUUAUCAGACACGAGAAAAUUCCUUGCGCUCUCGCUUGUUCAAGAACAAGAUCGCGAAGAAGAAAGCGACACCCAUUUCCAAAGAAGUAUCGGAUCGCAUUGGCGCUGUCUUGCGCCGUGUUCGCAGGAACAUGGCAGCAAGCAACAGCUCAUUUAUCAAUAACCUGGGCAAGGUAAUCAACGAGCAGCGGGUAUCACGAAAAUUGGCGUUUCGCAAAAUGGUCCUCGCGCUGCCUACACUGGAAGACAAGCUUAACGAGAUCGAAGACCGCUAUAACCGAUACUAUCCUUUGGAGCAGAUCAGUGCUAGAGAUCUGGACGGAGUGGCUUACUGGCCGCCUGUCGGAGAUGCCGAGAGAAGAAAGUUCUUAUCGAUUCUGACCGUGAGGGUGAAUGAAUAUAUACAGACGAAUGACGAUAAGGGUUGCCAUGAGACGAUCAGUCUUCCGGGAGAGUAUGUCGCUCUUUUGGAGUACUGCGAUGCAGUUCAAGACCCUGACCUGCGGUCGAUCGGCGUGGGUGGAUUGCAUGGGAGUUGGUGCGUUUGGCCUCAAGGCGAUAAGGCCGCUUGUCUCGUGCCUUUGAACGCCAGUGUCGAAGGCACCAUCGCACUCUGCACCCAGAACGGCGAACCACCCAGCGCCUGGGAAUUCAAGACGGCAUUCAUGAUCGACCGUACCCCGUUAAUGUACUGCAUCUAUGGGUACACCCGCUACCGGAAAGACUACAUCCACCCUCCCAACUCCCCAUUCCCAGAGAGAAAGACAACAAGGAAAGACUACGAGUGGAAAUGGCGCAUCUUCUACGAGGGCUCUGGCCAGAAAGAGAACAGCAAGGUCUUCGACUCCCUCCCGGAAUACCUGAAUUGGCUGGCUGGAUGGUAUAAACGAGAGGUGGAUGGGGAUUUGUUCUUUGCCGCGGCGCAAGUCAAUAAGCCCGAUUUCAUGUUGGGAGACUUUUCGGAUACGGAGAGUGUUGGCACUGUCGAUACUGAAAUUAUCGAUGACGAUGGGAGUGAUACUGAGCCUUUUACGGACGACGAAUACGACAACGAGAAGGACGGGGACUAG